AUGUUCACCAUUGUGUUGGUACUCUUGUGCGCCGCCUGUGCUACCGCAAACUCACCAUCAGUCCGAGUUGUGUGUUCAAAUCCACCGAGACCGGAUGAUAAAGUGCGUCUGGAGUUCCAAACUCAGCACAACAACUACAGAACGAAUCUUGCGACUGGAAACGUAGACGAUGACGGGGGCACUCUACCAGGAUCGACAAGCUUGUUUAUGAUGUCAUACAACUGCGAACUGGAAAUACAGGCUCUAACGGUUACCAGCGCAUGUGAUACUCAGAGCAACACACCAACUGUCAUAGGGGGAAAUUCUAUAAACUAUGGAAUAAUUCACAGUCACCUUGGCGCUCCUUCUGAUGAUGAUGCUGUAAAGGACAUUCAAGCGCUGAUGACUAAAUGGAUGGAAACGAGUUACGAAUAUAAUUUCGACAAAAAGACCGUUAUCUACGGUAGCGAAGAUGCUGGACCGUUUGCAAGGAUUGUUUACAACAAGUCGAUUUCGCUGGGAUGUGCGAUAACUCAGUGUGCAGCGAAAAAAACUGCAUACGCUUGUGCAUACAGCUCAAGUCCAGUCGUUGGAGAACCCCUUUAUUGGCCGUCAAAAAAUCCUACCGGUUGCACGAGACCCGGUCAGUGUAGAAAGGCAAUACCUGGUACAGCUACCACGUGCGAUACUAAUCUAAACCUCUGCUCAACGAAUUUGUUAACAUUAGAUGAUAGCACUUCAGCAGCACCAACAACUCAAUCCCAAACCACCACACCAGCUCCUGCAGAAUCAACUACGCCUGCAGCUGCCGCUUCUACUCCUGCCGCUGCUGUAACGACACCGACUGGUGCCAGUGGUGUGAUGACAGAUGCGCUUCGUCAGAUGGUAGUCGAUACACAUAAUAGAGACAGAUCGCUGCUUGCUCAAGGAACCAUCAGAAAUGGAAAACCAGGCAAGCCGAACCUUGGAACAGCCACAAAUAUGUUAAGGAUGAGGUACGACAUGGCGAUGGAGACGGAAGCACAAGCCUACGCUGACACUUGUAUUCUCAACAAAUCUGCUGUAGCUAUUCGCCCGAACUCUGGUGAAAACGUUUAUGUUAUUCAGUCAUCGACAAUUACAGUAUCCGACGCAUUGACACAAUCAAUGCAAUCAUGGUGGAACCAAAUCUUUAUCAAUGGAUUGAACGCCAGGCUGAUGUACACACUGUAUCUGGAAACAAAGUCCAAUGCUCCUCUUGAUUUUACUCAGAUGGGAUGGGCUGCCACCUACAAAGUUGGAUGUGGAGUUAGCCGUUGUGGCAUGUCCACUUUCGUCGUUUGCCGCUACAAUCCACGUGGAAAUAUUAUCGAUCAGUUCAUCUACAAUGUUGGCUCGAUUUGUGCAACAUGUAUGAGUUCAUGCACGGAUGCACUUUGUGCAACACCCGCGUACUAG